UUUUUCUCCACCAUCUUUUCCAGUUUGUUUGGAACUCGAGAGAUGAGAAUUCUCAUCCUGGGACUGGACGGAGCAGGGAAAACAACCAUUCUCUACAGGUUGCAAGUUGGAGAAGUUGUUACCACCAUUCCGACCAUUGGCUUCAAUGUUGAGACAGUAACAUACAAGAAUCUGAGAUUUCAAGUUUGGGACUUGGGAGGACAGACAAGCAUAAGGCCCUACUGGCGGUGUUACUAUUCAAAUACAGACGCAGUCAUUUAUGUAGUGGACAGCUGUGAUCGUGACAGAAUUGGCACUUCAAAGUCAGAGCUCGUUGCAAUGUUAGAGGAAGAAGAGCUGAAGAAAGCCAUUUUGGUGGUGUUUGCAAAUAAGCAGGACAUGGAACAGGCCAUGACUCCCACAGAAAUGGCAAACGCGCUCGGCUUACCGGCUUUGAAGGACCGAAAAUGGCAGAUAUUCAAAACCUCUGCAACUAAAGGCACGGGGCUCGAUGAAGCCAUGGAAUGGUUGGUGGAGGCCUUGAAGAGCCGACAGUGACACAAAAGCGAUCGCUGCGAUGAAGUUUCAGCUGCAUCCAACAUCCCUCUAUGUGCAGUCGAGUAUUUUUCAGGCCACAAAUCCUUGUAAAUAGGACAGAUCAUGUCAUGUGGACGCCUCUCUCGAAUUGCAAAACUGAACCCAAGUGAAUGUCUGUGUACAUUAUAAUACUCUGUUCCUUUCUUUCUGUUUAAAGGAUGUACUUAUGUUAAUUUUUUAUGGAAGUCUUACUGGCUGCGGUUUGGUUUUUUUUUUGUUCUCCCCACCACAGGUGGUUUUGAGUGGCUACUCUAUUGGUGUAAGUAAAACACUAAUAAAAUCUGGAACUGUCAGCU